AUGAAUGACAUCAAACAUGUACUCAAUGUAAUGCUAUUAAUAGAGCCAAACACUGGAAGACUAUGGAAACGAAUGGCAGACAAGAAGUCAACCAAAGAGUGCUUCAAAGCCUUUCGCAAAGAUGUCAAAUAUUUCUAUGAUGUCUUGGAGGAGAAGUCAUUCAAUUUGAAUCAAACCCUUAACGACGAAAAGGAUUAUCUGAACGUAACUAUGGGUCACUUCAAGGAAUCGAUGGCCGAAAUGGACGCUCUGUACGAGAGAUGCCAUCCGUUGAAGUUUAGGGACGACUUGUGUCUCAAGGAAUGCGAGUUCUUGAGCUCAAAGUUCGCGAAGAAUGCAUUGACUGUAUUCCAGUUGAUGCUUGUGGUCGAGAGGUAUGAAUCACACAAAGAUAAUCCUAAGACAUUGGAUCAGAAAGAAGAAGUCAUACUCUGAUUGUUAUUUGAUUACAAAUACUUUAUUAAAAUUAAAUUUAAAUUAAAUGUUUGAGCAUUUA